AUGGCUGUCCGAGCAACCCCUUUCCCUACACAAAGUUCCUCCUUCUCUCUCCCGCAAAUGGCCAGUCUCAGAUCUCCCAAAUUCGUCAUGGCUUCCACUCUCCGCUCCGGUUCCAAAGAGGUUGAAAAUAUUAAGAAGGCUUUCACGCCUCCGAGAGAAGUGCAUGUUCAAGUAACCCACUCUAUGCCUCCCCAAAAGAUUGAAAUUUUCAAAUCUCUAGAGGGUUGGGCUGAGACAACCCUAUUGACUCACCUUAAACCAGUAGAAAAGUGUUGGCAACCACAGGAUUUUCUGCCGGAUCCUUCCUCGGAUGGAUUCGAAGAGCAAGUGAAGGAGCUGAGAGAGAGGGCAAAAGAGCUUCCAGAUGAUUACUUUGUGGUUCUGGUUGGAGAUAUGGUCACAGAAGAAGCUCUUCCUACUUACCAAACAAUGCUUAAUACUUUGGACGGAGUUCGUGAUGAAACAGGUGCCAGCCCUACUCCUUGGGCUGUUUGGACAAGGGCGUGGACAGCUGAAGAAAAUAGACAUGGUGAUCUUCUUAACAAGUAUCUUUACUUGUCUGGCCGUGUUGAUAUGAGACAAAUUGAGAAGACAAUUCAGUACUUGAUUGGCUCUGGAAUGGAUCCUCGAACUGAGAAUAGCCCCUACCUUGGUUUCAUUUACACUUCAUUUCAAGAGAGGGCAACCUUUAUAUCUCAUGGAAACACAGCCAGGCUUGCUAAAGAACGCGGUGAUUUGAAGUUGGCUCAGAUCUGUGGUCUGAUUGCCUCAGAUGAAAAACGCCACGAGACUGCUUACACAAAGAUAGUGGAAAAGCUGUUUGAGAUUGAUCCUGACGGAACAGUUAUGGCCUUUGCUGACAUGAUGAGGAAGAAAAUUGCUAUGCCAGCACAUCUGAUGUAUGAUGGGCGAGACGACAACCUGUUUGAUAACUAUUCUGCUGUUGCCCAGCGCAUUGGGGUCUACACUGCCAAGGACUAUGCUGACAUACUUGAGUUUCUGGUUGGAAGGUGGAAGGUGGCGGACAUAACCGGACUUUCAGGUGAGGGACGAAAGGCACAGGAGUAUGUUUGUGGGUUGCCACCAAGAAUCAGAAGGCUGGAGGAGAGAGCUCUAGCAAGAGCAAAGGAAUCAUCAAAUCUUCGUUUCAGUUGGAUUCAUGACAGGGAAGUACUAGUCUAA